AAAAAAGCAGGCAAAUUUUUUCAUGUGUAAAAAAAUUUACAUGCAUAGCGUGCAAUGAAAAUAUUCAGAUACGAUAAUUUCGAAAGUAGAACUCGCUACGUAAAUACAAUGGAUUUCAAAUUUCUUCGCCAUCUUCGACGAUGGUGCAGCAACGCCAUCUAGCGAUCAAGCCAGCAAGUAAACGAAAGGGUGUAAAAAUGAGUGGAGAUUGUCUUUCUAUCUUCGUUCGUUUCCAAUCUUCGAGCGUACUGUCGAGUGACGAGCCGACCGCCGUGAGUGUGUGUAAUGUCGACAAGAAUGUUGACGUUUAAUGCAGCACGUCGGAAGCAACGGAUACGCGUCGCGCGAGCCUCGUGAAUAACGUCAAUGGAUUCCUCGUAACUUGCUGCACACAGUCGUGAUAAUGUUACGCACCGUGGAGUUCACGUAAAUCUGUAGUCUUCAUGAACGAACGAUCGUCGUUCGCGCGAGGGCUUUGGCUCGAACUGUGACGCGCCAUAUUGGUUUUAAGAGAAUUGUUAACAUCGGUGGGUUUUAGGUGUGAAUCAGUUUCGUUGCAAAUGCACGUAGAGUAAUUAAGCCACGACGAUGGAAGAGACUAAGAUCAUAUAUCACAUCGACGACGAGGAGACCCCUUACCUGGUGAAGCUCACCAUCUCACCGGAAAGGGUCACUCUGGCUGACUUCAAAAAUGUCUUGAAUCGGCCGAAUUACAAGUAUUUCUUCAAAUCAAUGGACGAUGAUUUUGGCUGGUAUCUGCCGAAGGCAGCAAUGUGUCAGAUGGUGCAUCUCAGUGCACAGAUUCAGUAGCACACAGUGAGGCAAAACAUGAUCGUGUUGAUCAUGUGACACCUGGCCACACAAAUCGUGGCCCACCCCCAUUGUCACAUGAUGACACUCUAACUGAAACUGAAAGUAUUACAAGUAGUCGACAAGGGCAUCAUUUGCACAAAAGUUCAAGACAUCAUUCAGAUAAAUAUGAGAAAUACAAUAAAUACAAUGGACUUCGUAUAAAUGGUCAUUCAAAACAUAGAUCUGGCCAUGGUUAUGAGACUGCUUCUAUUUUAAGUUCAGAUUUAGAAACAACAACAUUUUUAGAGUCAGAUGAUGAUGCUAGUAGUCGUAUAACAUCAACAACUGGCAGACAUACCAAUAUGAGUAGUACAGUUGACAGAGCAACUUUAGAGCGGCGUAGACCACAGAGAAGAAGGCGCCAUAGAUUGCCACCUAUGUCUAGAACAUCAUCCUUUAGCAGUAUCACAGACAGUACAAUGUCUUUGAACAUCAUAACAGUUUCAUUGAAUAUGGAUACUGUUAAUUUCCUUGGGAUUAGUAUUGUUGGUCAAAGUAACAAAGGUGGAGAUGGUGGAAUCUAUGUUGGUUCAAUAAUGAAAGGGGGAGCAGUUGCUUUGGAUGGCCGAAUAGAACCUGGCGACAUGAUUCUUCAAGUAAAUGACAUUAAUUUUGAAAAUAUGUCUAAUGAUGAGGCAGUUAAGGUAUUGCGUGAAGUAGUUCAAAAGCCAGGACCAAUCAAAUUAGUUGUUGCAAAAUGCUGGGAUCCAAAUCCAAAAGGUUAUUUCACAAUACCGCGUACAGAGCCUGUACGGCCUAUAGAUCCUGGCGCUUGGGUAGCACAUACAGCUGCUAUAAGAGGUGAAGGUUUUCCUCCGCGCCCGCCAAGCGCCACAACAUUAACUUCAACAUCGAGCAGUCUUGCAAGCACACUGCCAGAUACGGAACGACCAUUGGAAGAACUUCAUCUUACGGUGAAUACCGAUAUGCCGACAGUAGUACGAGCAAUGGCUCGACCUGACUCAGGGUUGGAAAUCCGUGAUCGUAUGUGGCUUAAAAUAAUAAUACCAAGUGCAUUUAUUGGAGCAGAUGUUGUGGAUUGGCUUAAUAAUCACGUAGAGGGAUUUAUUGAUCGACGUGAUGCAAGAAAAUACGCAUCUCUUAUGCUAAAGGCUGGCUUUAUUAGGCAUACAGUGAACAAGAUAACAUUUUCUGAACAAUGUUAUUACAUAUUUGGUGACUUGUGUUCAGCUAUGAGUAGUAUGAAACUAGAUUGCGAUACAGUUGGACCAUUACCUCCGCCGAAUGCCUGGGAUAUGCCUUAUUCAGGAACAUAUGCACCUCAUUCUGCAACUGGUUACAGUCCAAUGCCAUUUAAUUUCACUAACGAACCAACUGUAUAUGGUUAUCAUCGAGAAGAAAGUGUUCAUAGUGGUUCAGGCGGUAGUAGCGCAGGUAGUGAACACAUUUGCAAAGAACCUAUACAUGAUUUGAAGUCCUGUUCUUCAGCAUCUGAAUCUGAAUUGCAUAUUCCAUCAGUGCCAACUAUGCCAAGUAAGAAUUCUGGCAAUGGGAAUGGUUCAAAUGGAAAGAGAUCUAACGGUAGUCGCAGUCGUUCCAGUGGUUCUGAACAAUCUGUGCAGACAGGAACUGGUUCAGGAAAUCAACAGAAUCAGCAAGACUUAUCUGGUAGUAGACAGUCAUUUCGCAUUGCGAUGGGAAAUCCUUGUGAAUUCUUUGUUGAUGUUAUGUAGAUGCCGGUGUUGUAAAUAGAUGAGUUAUAAAUUUAGAGAAAAGAGCAAUAUAUAAUUGAAUAUUUCCGAACGAAUACUUUGAAACAUUUUAUUCACUUUAUUAAAUAAAUCUUGCAAAUUCACCGGAAUGUUGGAUGCAUUUUUUUUAAACAUUUCUUUCAAUAACACUAACAAAAAUUACACGUUCUAAGUAAUUCACGUAUGCUAUCAAUCUUAUAUUAUAUUUCAAAGUAUUUAUUCGCUGCCCUUUAUUCAAUUUAUUUCCAGGUUUAUAUAAUUCGUAUUUGACAGUUUUAACAAUUUGUUCGUAUGUGUCUCAUCUCAAUUUUGCAUUCCACUUUCAUAUUAUGUACUUGACAGUAAUAAUAUUCCCGAAAGUUCAUCUCUAUUAAAUGUACUUUAUAUUCAUUGAAAUAUUUGCAUGUAACAUGUAAAUCUAUACACUAAUGUGCUUCAAAGAAGUUACAUCAGAAUGUAAGAUUUAAAUUCAACAAAGAGUAAAACAGAUAUUUUUCGUAUCAUAACAAUAAUACAAUUUCUUCAAUUUUGAAUCAUUUUUAGAAUUUUUAUUUUUAUUAGCUAUGGUAGUCGUUGA